AUGGACCUAGAGGAAGCCAAGGCUCAGGCGAAGGCAGCAUCUUUAGAUUUGGUGUUAGUGAAUGCCAAUAAGCAGCCCCCUGUAUGCCGAAUUGCGAGGAAGAGUGACUUGGAAGCGCAGAUUGUUGACAAGCUCAAACAGAAGGAAGUUUUGAAGGAGAAGCAACAGACUGACCUCUACAGCUUUGACCCAUCGUUGAAGAUAAAGUAUAUGCGGUAUAACUGCAGGAUAGCCCUGCCUGACUUCCAGAGAUACAUCCUCCAUCAUCGAGAGCUCCUCCUGAAGAAGCAUCGAACUGAAGCCGUGAUUAUGAAGGGGAAAGCUGAAGAGGAAGAAAUGAGGCAAAUGGUUGUGCGUGUUAUUGCUGAGCUGAAGGAUAUUGCCAAGCCUGUGAAUCUACCACUCCCGGCACAGGCUUUCGAGCAACCAUCUGUUAACGUUCUCAUCUGGCCAUGUACUCCAGAGCAAGCGGCGACGUUUAAGAUACCGAAGAUUGCAUUUGCAGCGAGUGACGAGAUGUGGAAUCAGCAGAGGGCCAAGGAGGAGGCCCAACGUGACCCUCGGAACAGGAGGGCCAGGCAGGACCCCAAGAUGAAGGACG